AUGGAUAAUGUAGAUUUAGAAAUUUUAAUUGAUGAUUUAGUAUUUAAUCAAAAUUUUCUUGAUUAUUACGAUUUAAAAUCAUAUCUCCAAAAACAUAAUAACAAUAUAACGGGUGAUGAUAUGGAAUAUUAUUAUCCAUAUUAUAAAAAUGAAAUUUUGAAAUAUCAUAAUAAAAUAAUUUCUGAAAUUAAAGACAAAAUUAAAAAUAAUGAAUAUACAAAGGGAAAAACUAAAUCACAACUUAAACAGUUGAAAGAUUUCAAAAAUAAAGUAUUAACAGAAGAAGAUAUUGAUGAAUUAUAUAAAUUAUAUAAUCCUGAGCCGCAAAAGCCAAAGCCGAGGUCUAAAGUAGCAAAUGUUCAACAGCUAAAGGAACAAAACGCCCAGGUUCUUCAGACCAUAAAUGAUGCACAAGCUUUAAUUUAUGAUUCAUUAGUUAAACCAUAUUCAGCCCGACUUUUAAAUGAAGAUCAACUUUUGGAAUUCAUCCUUCAACAUAAACUCGAAGCGGGAAAGUAUAUCAAACCUUUAUAUACAGCAUAUUUAAAACAAAUGAAUAGAAUACAUCCAGAAUUAAUGAAGGGGGGAAUGAAUUCCAAAACUUCAUCAUCCAAAAUCAAAGCAGAUAAAAUUAAACCACUUGCAACACCAAAACCUCCAACGACAGUACCGCCUCCUCCUUCAGUUAA